AUGACGUCUCCAAAACGUCGCAUCGAGACCGAUGUCAUGAAGCUCCUCAUGUCGGACUAUGAGAUCACGCUCAUCAACGAUAGCAUGCAAGAGUUCUACGUCCGCUUUCAUGGGCCGCAAGAGACACCCUUCGCCGGCGGUGUAUGGAAGAUCCACGUCGAGCUGCCAGACCAGUACCCUUACAAGUCGCCCUCGAUCGGCUUCAUGAACAAGAUCUUCCACCCCAACAUCGACGAGCUGUCCGGCUCAGUCUGUCUCGACGUCAUCAACCAGACCUGGUCGCCCAUGUUUGACUGCAUCAACAUCUUCGAAGUCUUCCUCCCACAGCUGCUGCGCUACCCAAACCCCACCGACCCGCUCAACGGCGAAGCGGCUGCCCUGCUCAUGCGUGAGCCCAAGACAUACGAGGCGCGCGUCAAGGACUACGUACAACGCUUUGCGACGCGGGAAGCCGCCAACGCAGCGGGAGAGGAGGAGGACGAAGACGAGGAUGAGGAAGAUGAAAUGUCGGACGUAGGCAGCUUCUCCGACCAUGAACCGAUGGGCGAGAUGGAAAUGUGA